AUGUCUAAAGUUAAUAGACGACAAGAGAUCAAGAAAAAAGAAGAGCUUCAAGCGAGAUUUCAAGUAGCCAUUUCACAAACCAAUAGUAAGAUAUUAAAUUGGUUACAACCCAAUAAUGAAAUUGUACAUGACGAUAAAGAGAAGAACUCAUUCUUUAAUUUGCCAAUCAUACCACAAGGGUCAGGGUUAAGUAAUAUUGAUAAAUCGAACAGAAAUAUAGGAGACUUCAUAAAUUCUGAUGAGACAAAGUUUAAGCAAUUACAAGACGGAAAUCAUUCAAAUGAUAAUUUACGGAAGACUAAUUCUAAACCCAUGAUGGCAUUAAUGAAUAAAAUGAGGAACACCAAUAGAGACAAGGUAAAGAAGAGAGGAUCUAACCAGAAUAUGCAUACUUCCAAGUCUAAAGUAAAAAUACAGGAUACGAACAUAGACAAUAGUGACAGUGACGAAGAAAUGAUGGCUAAAAAUCGUUCGGUGAAGAAAGGCUCAAAUCUAUUAUUCGAGUCCAAAAUAAAGAAGAAACGGCCAUUUUGA